GCCGCCGCAGGGUCGGGGCGCCACCGUCGCCGUCGGUGGCCUCACUGGGGCACUGGUGUGGGCAGCGGCACAGGGUCAGUAAGGUGACGGGAUCGGCGGCGGUGGCACGCACGGAUAGCAGAUUGCUCUUCGCGGGCCCUCACCGACCUCCACCAUGCAGCUGGAGAUCCAGGUGGCCCUCAACUUCGUCAUCUCCUUCAUGUACAACAAGCUGCCCCGGCGAAGAGUCAACAUCUUCGCCGAGGAGCUCGAGCGGGCGCUGAGGUUCCGCUUCCAGAGUCACUGGUACCCUGACAGACCGUGUCGUGGUUCGGCGUACCGAUGUCUCCGCACUGGCGAUCCCCUAGACCCGGUACUGGAUGUGGCUGCUCGAGAGAGUGGUUUGGCGCUCACCGAAAUCCGUCAGAAUCUUCCUGAGGAUUUGUCUGUCUGGAUUGACCCCGGUGAAGUCAGCUACAGGAUUGGAGAGAAGGGCACGGUGAAGCUGCUCUACUCGGAGCCGGCUGGAGGCGCUGAGCGACUCACUGAAGAGCGGUGCGACCGAGAGGUGACAUCCACCUUCAACCCGGAGGCGCAAUGCUUCCGGCCGAUCGACGCGCUCUCGGCUUCGCUCGGAUCGCUCUCGAUGAGCGCGGCUCCAACUGGCAGCCCGUUCGGAGCGCCGCCGGCCGCCGCAUCGCCGGCUCCCUUCAAGUCAGCCUCUCCGGCUCCGUUCGCCCCGCAGCGCCCCCGAGCGCCGGUCACCUUCACCACAGCGGCGUUCGCGCAGACGAAGUUCGGCAGCACCAAGCUGAAGAGCAGCGGCAAACGCGGCAACCGCAUGUCCCCUACAGAGUUCAGCAACUACAUCAAGCAGCGAGCGAUGCUGCAGCAGCCUGCCCUGCUGACGCCGUUCCCACAGCAUGCGAGGCCGCUGUCGCCGGCAGCUCCUCCGCCCCCUCCGCAGCAGCAGCAGCCCCAGAUGGAGUCCUUCUUCGCCUCCAAGAUGGCCACAGCUCCUCCGGGAAUGAACACAAUGCUGGAUGCCGUGGACGCGUUCUCGACACCCCCUCCGCGCGCACCGCCCGGCGGAGGCGCCAUGCUGGCCGCGCUGACCCCAGAGAGUCAGCAGCUGCUGGAGAGCCUGACGUACGCCUCCAGUUCGCAUCUUCAGCAUCUUCUGGUGGCUAACUGAACACAGCUGCUGACUGUCCGAACACGCGUCCUACGGGACCGGCGGCAGACGUCGGCACGACGUAAGGUGACCGACAUCAGACAACGCGAGUCGGGAACAGGUGACCGAAGGACAUCGUGGUAUCCUCUAGUCGUUCAAGCCACUGUGAUCGUUCUCUUUCGUAGUUUGUAGCCGUUGCAUUUUGUGAUAGCGAAGCUCGCGGCGUGGCUGAUCGGUUGACUUCACGACGCGAAAUCCUCAGCGAUCCUCAGCGAUCCAGGGAGGUCCUUGCCGAUCCCUGGAUAUCCUCGGCGCUCCUGGGUGUCGCUCUGCGGUCGUCUUGGGGUCUUUCGUGGAAAAUGUCCCGGGGUGACUCUCGCUUGUCGGAGCGAGCGGCCGUGGCCCGUCGGUCGGGCCAGCUUGCCACGCGAGGAUGGCGUGGGUUGGGCUCGCGGGCUCCGAUCGAUACGAGGUGGGAGGGCCCCGCGAGACCCGUCUCGACGUCGGAGCUCCGUGUUGGCUGCUACCAGGGCUGGGAAAAUGGGACUCCUCGGACCUUGAGCUGUGUGUGGACACGAGAGGAUGAUCAGGAGUAUGCAUCUGGGUUGUGGGUUGGAGACAUAAUUCUAACUCAUUCGUGAGUUAGACUUGUGUGGUGGUUUGGCUCAUGAGCACGAGUCGUUGCGUUCUUUGUGGGCGCUCCGGCUUUCCGCCCCAUCCUGUCGGUGAGAAGGUGAGACUUCUCAUCUCUUUCAUUACAAAGGAGCGCGGAAGACAUCGACUUCGAGGAACAACGCGGAAAUACCAGGGGUGACGCCCCGCCAUUGUGAGUUGGCGUUCUCGAAACUCCAACCGUGUUAAAUUUCAUUGUUGAAUGGCAUUGCCAGCUGAGCAAAAUCUGGAAGAAUGUUGGUGUUGAUUGUUAGAAUAACUCGUUUAUGGCAGCUACGCUUUGGCCUGAAAUUCUGACUCCACUUGGGAAGACUAGUACGAUUGAUGUUGGUAUGUUCGGAAUGAAAGCUUUAAGAGAUUCCCAGGACACUGACGAAUUGAAGAGCGGCACAAUGGGCCCUCUUAGCUCCGUAUCCUAAAAAAAGAACUGGCGUAAGCGUAAAGACGAGGCACUUAGCCAGUCAAACUUCAUACCUCUUUGGGCCAGUAUCGGAGAGCGAGGAAAACCAGCUAUCCGAGCAAGAUUGCUAGUUAAAUGGUACCUGAGCUUGUAGUUAUACCUCCUGCUGGAACUUUCACCGACCGAUCGCACCGGGCUUUAAGGAAUCGUUGUCUGUUGUGUGGGCCGUGGGGCUUAUGAAAGCGUGAUGAUAGCGCUUUGUUGUUAAAGGUAGAGUUUAUGCUGAGGGAGAGUGAUUUAGCUUAGAAAGUUGCUGGAUUGUUGGCGUGAAAGAUGUGAUAUAUGUCAGUUGUUUUAUGGGUGAUAGUAGACACAUUUACAGCUAUGAGCAUUGCUCGGGAGGGUGCAGUGAUAAUUUAUAAUCUGUGUGACUGUGGGUAAGAAAGGUAACCCGUAUCAGGUAUAAACUUUCACCUAAUGUCGCAUAUAUCGAGGCUCGGAAGCUGUGUUGGCUGUCAAGAAGUAGAAGCUCCUAUAAUUAAGCCUAUCUGCGCUGGAAAUGUCAUGGUGAUCUUCAUCUACAAAUUGGUCCCAGAACCCCUGGUAAAUUCAUUCAGCUGAGUACUCGUAACCCCGGUUCACUUUCGCCUUUAUGCAGCUAUCCACGGCGAAAUCCGGAAUCGAGCGACGCGGUGACAUGGUACGUGCGACACAGGACGUGCCGCAGGGAGGGACGACGACACGUGGCCGAGGCGGCGGCACGUGGCACGUGGCACGGCGCGCGGCCUGCCUCCCCGGCAGCGCCAGCGCCGUGCCGACUAUCUCAGGCGCCCCAACCCAAAUCCUGAACGGUACAAAUGUUCGCUCGGGACGGACGACCGAGCCGCCGCCUGGCAGGGCGCGAGAGAGGCUUUAUUUUCGGCGGGUGGUGGACUGUUUCCCCUCUAGCAGGUGGGCUUGUAGCGCGUGAGCGGCGUGACCCCUCGUGGCCCCUCGAGGUGCCCACGGGCGUCGAAACCUCGGGCCAGCGCACGCCUCUCCCCACCGCCCGCCGUCGCCGUCGGCGCCGCUGCGCGGGGGGCUAGAAACGUCGACCGCCGGGCCGCUCGACCCUGUGACCGUCGGCGAACAAAAGAAGGUCAUCUGGUAACACGGUGGAGGCUGCCAGAUGGAGCCCACCACCGACUGACGAUGGCUGGCGGCGGCGGCGGCGGCGGCGGCGGAGUGGUGAGGAAGUUUGUAAAUACGAGCGCUGUUUGAAGCGGGGCACCUUCUCGGGGUCUCGGCCACGGCAGCGGCCACCGGCUGUUCGCGGCCGUCUGUUCGACGCGUUCAUGUUACUGUGUGCUUGCCGGGCAGCGCUGUACGUUUGCUCUUAUCACGUGUCGGAUCCGACCGUCCGUCAGCCGAUGUGACGCUUAAAACUCGAACCUCUGGCGGCUCGCGUGACAGGCUGGCUAACAGAAAGGCACGAAGCGGAAGGGAGGAGUCAGAAAAGACCCACGACCUUGAGACAUGUCCACGUCUCGGUACCACCGAGACCUCUGUGCUCCCGGCUGCACCGUCAGCAGUUCAUCGUGUUCGCGAGCUGCCGUCAACAGAUCACGCUGUGCGCGAGCGCCGCGUUUGGGCCGUGUUCGAUGUAUAUUCACCGACGUUUAUAAUAAUCGGUCGCCGUCUCCGUUGUGCGCGUUUUCUAGCUGCUGCCGUCGCGGCGCAAUGUCGGCCGUUGUGGUCGUAGUUCAGUGUGUUUGUACGUUUUUAGAGUAUGUUCCGUGUUGGUCUGAUCACCUGGCGCCAUCUGUGCACUGUUCUCGGCAAUACUAUUCACCGAUGUCGGCGAUAGAUGGCUCUGUGCGCUCGGCAGCCCACGGCGCCGGCCCUGGCUCAAUUUUCUCCUCUGUCGCGGAUGUGUCCGUUUCAUCUGACACACAUAUGGCAGCAUCUGGCAGCUCCUAUGGUCACGACUAGGGUAUGUUUGUGUGAGUUCUGCUCUCAGGCUUGUGUAUCCAUCCCCGUGUUAUUUAGGAUUCAUGUAUGAUCAACGCCUACAUUGUCUAAACUCUCGUGUGCAUCGCACCACGACGGAAUAUUGAGCGUGCGCUAGCCGGUACAAUGUUUCGCAUUUUACUCUGCCGUCGCACAUGGACUAAAAUUGAUAGAAGAGCACCGCGUUUCGCCUCACGCAGUUGUCAGGUCGCGUCAAUGCACAGUGGUUGAUCGAUCCGUCGUUCACAGGGAAUGCUAGCCCUGUCCGUCCGAGAUUGCAAGUCUCUGAGUCUUUGGAGUCUGAGUCCCCGAGACGAGUCUCUGAGUCAACCGAGGACUUGAUUCCGAGUCAACUGGGACCCGUUACCCACUGACUCGACUCAGCCUGUUCCCCUCCGGCAGUAUCUGAGACUUGUCACGUGACCCACCGAGCACACAGCGAGCCAUAAACUGGUAAUUUGACGAGGCGAGAUGUGGAGCUCUCUGCACGUGCCGUACCCGCUCCUCUAUCUCUCUGACGCCGAGCAUAUAGCGUGUGAAUUGAGUUCGGCAGAUCGCGCUGUCUGUAUUAUACACAUGACCUAGUACUAAGCCAUACAUAUUAUGUGUGUGAAACAUAUAGCCCUCUCUCUAUUCACGGAUAGACUAUAAUUUUCAUACUAUUGUACCAUUUUUAAGUUUUUAUUAAAAUGUUUGUGGAUU